GGAUAUAACGAAGAAAGAAAAGGAAGUAUUCGUUUGAAGCCGUGAGAGCAGCCCGUCGAGGCAUCACCAACAGAGAGCCAAAGCCGUAAGGCUAAAGAGAAGUGCUCUCGCCUCAUAUCUCAUCGAAUCAAAUUCAUGGCUGCCUCAGCUGCUCGAGCUUUCAUUAUCUCUCGCGUAACCGACCUGUCGCUCAGGCCACUCCACCCUCCUCAUCCACCGCCGAAACCGCCUUUUCUCUGUUCCCGCCACCACCACAGGCGCCGUCUAACUUCGCCGGCAUCUGCCGUCAGCUGCCUGAUAUCCGGCGUAGACGGCGGUGGCGUCUCCGACGAUUUUGUCUCCACUCGGAAGUCUGGCCUCGACCGCGGGUUCUCUGUGAUCGCGAACAUGCUCCGGCGAAUCGAGCCGUUGGAUAACUCCGUUAUCUCCAAGGGCGUUUCCGAUUCCGCCAAGGACUCCAUGAAGCAGACCAUUUCAACGAUGCUAGGCUUGCUUCCAUCGGACCAGUUCUCCGUCACCAUUAGUGUUUCCAGACGCCCCCUCCAUCGCCUCCUCGUCUCCUCCAUCAUCACCGGGUAUACGUUGUGGAACGCGGAGUACCGGAUAUCGUUGAUGAGGAACUUUGAGAUUUCUUCGGAUAAUUCGAAGAAGAGCUCGAAUUGUUGUGAACGGUGGCGUGAGGUUUCGGAGGAGGAGGAGAAGGAGAGUGAGGAUAGGGAUAGUGAUUUGAGUAUUGAAGGUUUGGAGAGAAUAGGGCUUCAAGUCUUCGGAGAUUUGCCGCCGGAGGCGUUGGAUUACAUUCAACGGUUGCAGUCGGAGUUGUCUAAUGCAAAAGAGGAACUUAAAGUCCAGAAGCAGGAAAAUUUGCAAAUAGAAUAUGGCAGAGGAAAUAGGAACAAUUUGUUAGAGUAUCUGCGAUCCUUGGAUCCCGAUAUGGUAACUGAACUAUCUCGUCCGUCAUCGCUAGAGGUCGAAGAAAUAAUUCAACGGCUUGUUCAAAACGUAUUGCGUAAAUUCUUCAAAGAUGAGAGGACUUCUGAUUUUAUUGGAGAUUCAGUCAAGGGAAGUACCGAGAACCACCUAGAUGGUGAUGAUGGAUUUUGUGAUACCACAGGCGCUUCGCGCGACUACCUAGCAAAGCUGCUUUUCUGGUGUAUGCUGUUGGGUCAUCACUUAAGAGGCUUGGAGAACAGGUUGCACUUAAGUUGUGCUGUUGGAUUGUUGUGAGGAGAAGAAGGUGGGAGAAAUGUUGAGGUGGUAGUCUCUUUUGGUUUUGCAAGGUGCGAAGCAAAAACAGCAAUGAAUUUGGGCCAAAAAGAAGAUCAACAAGGAUCUCUGUAAUCAUGAGCAGGAAAAAAAAAAAAAGAGAGCAGGAAUUCUGGGUUGUUCAGAUCUUCUCUCGAGUGCAUUUCAUGGAGUUUAACCUUUACAGAAAAGAUGUACUUGACUCACUUUGGGAAGUAUGGGGUUUUCCCAUUCUAUGAGACAGAACUCGUGCCAAAUAAUAUCAAAUUACAAUCUUGAUUAGUAUUUGAA